AUGUUCGAAUAACUAAUGAUAAUUUUUGAAUAAAACAAAAUCACAAAGAUAUUAAUUUCAAAAUCAAAGUUUACCUUAGAAAAGGACAACAAUUAGAUUGAUAGGUCAAUUCCAAAAUGUUUACUCAAUUAUUAAGGAAAUAAAGCUGUAUCUAGAAGAUAUAAUAUUGUAUUGAAGUGA